GUGGCAACGUCUGUGGACAUUGCAAUAAAUAAAGGGGAAGCUUCUUUCUCUGCCUACGUUUUUUGUUCAUUACCUUUUACCAACUGUUUCAUCACCCCAAGAGACAAAACAAAGCCUCAAGUUCUCAACUGAUAUAUUUUCAGACAUCAAGCAGAUCAAAUCAAAUUGUUGGUGCCCUUUUGAAAGUUCUGAUCGUUACUGAUUUGGGUAACGCUCCUUUCAAUAAAUAUGCCUUGUGGUCAUGUAGAUGGAGAAUGAUGAAGAAGAAGACUCAUAAUUGUUCUCUGUGGGUUAAUGAGUUUGGUUUCAAUUAGAGAUUUUUAAUAGUAAUGGCAGUAAAGAACAGGGAUAUAAAACCUCUUCUAGUGAAAUUUGGGGUGGCCUUGGCUCUCUCUUUUGCUGGAUUUCUCUAUUCUCGUUUUAGAACAAGAAGGAUCAAGCCUUCUCAACCUCCUCCACGCUCCUCGGGUGAAGGAAGUGAAGCUGAUAAGGGAGUAAGACCUCUGCAGAAGGAUCUCCUUAAUAUCACCACCAGGAAAGCACACAAUUCUCCCAAGGCUAGGAUUUCAUCUGAAAAACAUGAAGACACAUACAUGCCGAACGUUAGUGUUGAUGGUUGUACAUCUAGUAUUUCUCCAAGCAGUAAACAUAUUGGAGUUAAAGAUAAUUUGCUCUUGCCAGAGUUUAAUGAUCUUGUGAAGGAAUUUGACUUGGCCGCAUUUCAUCCAAUGAAGAACGUUGAAGCUCCUAGGUCAGAUGUGGAGACUCCAAAGGCAUUUAGAACUUUAGAAAACGACGACUAUGAGCUAGAAAUUAGACAGCUCAGGGACAUGGUUAGAAAACUUCGAGAGAGGGAACGGCAUCUUGAGGUCCAGUUGCUAGAGUAUUAUGGCCUUAAAGAGCAGGAGACUGCUGUUUUGGAGCUCCAAAAUCGAUUGAAGAUAAGCAGUAUGGAGGGACAACUUUUCAGUCUCAAGAUUGAGUCCUUACAGGCAGAAAACCGUAGACUAGAGGGGCAAGCUUCUGAUCAUGCAAAAGUGGUGGCUGAGCUUGAGGCUGCUCGGGCAAAAAUUCGGACACUUAAAAAGAAACUCAGAUCUGAAGCUGAACACAACAGAGAACAGAUCUUAAAUCUUAAGAAAAGAGUUGAAAAUUUGCAAGACAAUGAAGCUGCUGCCUUCAAUGCAGAGAUUCAAUUGAAGCUGAGAAGGCUAACAGAUUUGGAGGGUGAGACAGAAGAGUUGCGAGCAUCUAAUUUGAAAUUGCAACUUCAUAAUUCUGACUUGGCUCAGAGGUUGGAAUCCGCACAAGUCCUAGCAAAUUCUAUUCUGGAAGAUCCAGAGGUAGAAGCAUUGAAAGAAGAGAGGGACUGCUUAUGUAAUAACCCUAAAUUUUAGACAAUGUUAGUUUGAUUUGGAAUUCUAUAAAAUUUUGAAUUUUAUUAGAAUGAACGUAUUUGGUUGCGACGUUAGUAAACGAGAAACGGAAACGUUCUCGGAA